GUUUUCUUCGCAGAGACAGCACAAUGGCUAACCUUCAAACCCUUGUAUGUGGAUAACAUUGGGAUUUUUACUGAAACAAAAGUUAUGAAGUCAAGAAACACUUUUACUCUGUAAGCAUCUUGUCAUUAUUUUGUGUAAAAUUACACGUUCAUUGUGAAAUUACCUGUGUUUCCCACUUGUUCAAGUGAGCCAUGGACACCAAGACUCAAUUUGAAAACUUCUCUCCUCUCUGCUAGUAGACAGUGUUUGGUGCAACAAAUUGAAGUGAUGCGGCAAGAUGAUGGAAGCUCAGUAUCAGGCUCUGGGUGCGGAUGGGGAAGACGAUCUUCCCCACGACAUUGGAGUCAUGAUACACGUUGUGCCUGAAACAGGAAGAGCGGCACGAUGGAAUCAUGUAGACGAUUUGGAUUCAUUCUUCAUUCGAACGUACCUGUACCAUCAGAAGCAUGGAUUUGCAUGCAUGAUGCUACAGGAGACCCUCGAGCUCCUUCAGUUCAUAUUUGUUCUAGUCUUCUCAAUAUUUCUCUUUCACUGUGUAGAUUAUCCUGUUUUGUUCAGAGAUAAAAUAAAACCAUCUAAAAAUGGAACGGAAAAGAUCUCAUUAGGUGAUGCAAUUUUACCAACAGACCAAUGUGUGGCCAGUUUUGGGUUUCUCACAUGGUCAUAUUUCCUCAUCACAAUCCUGUUUUGGAUUCUGCGUGUCAUAAAAGUCCUCUAUCAUAUGUUCCAAUAUUGGGAUAUCAAAGCAUUCUAUAAUUCAGCUCUAAAAAUUGAAGAUAAUAAUUUGGACAAUCUGACUUGGCAUGAAGUCCAACAAAAAAUCCGUGAAGUGCAGCUCAAACAACAAAUGUGUAUCCACAAAAAAGAUCUCUCUGAACUGGACAUCUACCAUCGCAUCCUCCGUUUUAAGAACUAUCUGGUCGCAAUGGUUAACAAGUCUCUGUUGCCAGUUCGCUUCAACCUUCCUAUAAUCGGUGAAGUUGUAUUUCUCUCACAUGGUUUAAAGUACAACAUAGAACUCCUUCUUUUUUGGGGACCUUGGGCUCCAUUCCAGAACAAUUGGCACUUGAAAGAAGACUAUAAAAAAGUCAAUAAACGCCAUGAGCUUGCGACUAAACUUUCAAAACACAUUUUUUGGGUUGCCAUCAUUAACUUUCUGCUCUCCCCCAUUGUGUUACUCUGGCAGGUCCUUUAUUCAUUUUUCAACUACGCUCAAAUCAUCCGGCGUGAACCAGGAACCCUUGGCUCACGCUGUUGGUCACUCUAUGGUAAGUUCUACUUACGCCAUUUCAACGAAUUGGAUCAUGAGCUGAAUGCAAGGCUCAACCGUGCUUAUCGCCCUGCUUCAAAAUACAUGAGCAUUUUCACCUCACCUCUCAUGACCGUUAUUGCCAAAAAUGUUGUUUUCAUAUCUGGGUCUAUUUUAGCUGUACUGCUUGUUCUUACAGUUUAUGACGAAGAUGUUAUAGCAGUUGAACAUGUUUUAACUAUAAUGACAAUUCUAGGGUCAGUUGUAGCAGGGUUCCGAUCAUUCAUACCAGAUGAAAAUUUAGUUUGGUGCCCAGAAAACUUAAUGACUGCCAUUCUGGCGCAAGCCCACUACUUGCCAGAACAUUGGAGGGGUCAAGCUCAUACGACCCGAGUUCGUGAUGAAUUCGCGCAGCUUUUUCAGUACAAAGCAGUUUUUCUGCUCAUGGAGUUACUGUCGCCUGUUGUGACUCCCUUCAUUCUUUGCUUCUAUUUCCGAAACAGAGCUCUUGAUAUUGUCGACUUUUUCCGUAAUUUCACUGUGGAGGUGGUUGGUGUUGGAGAUGUGUGCUCUUUUGCGCAAAUGAACGUUCAGAAACAUGGAAACCCAACAUGGCAGGUGGCACAAACUGGACAGACAGCGUCUGUCAUUGUCAAUGACCAGUAUAACCAAGCCGAAGAUGGGAAGACGGAAUUGUCCCUUGUACAUUUUACCGUCACAAAUCCCAACUGGCAAUUGCCUGCUGAGGCUCAACAUUUUGUCACAACAGUCAAAUCUCAAGUUCGACGUGAUGCCAACCUUCUAAACAACGAAAUGAUUCAAGCAGCGCAAAUCCCAGAAUAUUACGGAGUAGAUAACUCCUUGUCAUCCUUGGGGAUUGGGCCUAGUGCCAUGUUACUGCGACCAAGUGUAGAUUCAUUACUUUGCAGAAGUAUGUCGCAGCAGUGCAAAGGUGCCUCUAGGGCAGAAGGCCCACAACAGUCAAUAAUAAUGAACUAUCAGGAAGGACAAGAGAGAUCUGAUGACCAACCAACUGAUUUAGCCAUGAGCCUAAGUACAUUAUAUCUUCAUGAACUACACCACAAGCAGAAGAAUCAGUCCAAUACCAGGCGUAGGAUGCAGCAUCAAGGUGCAUCAGCAUCCUCUGAUCUCAUGACAAAUCCGCGCCUACAAGUUCAAGAAAGCACGCCACUCCUUCACAAUUCUCCGAGAAAGUCAUAAUUUUAAUUCUUACCUUUUAACUGUAAUUUUCAUCAAAAUGUACAAAGUUGUGUACAUACUCUUUCUCUUCAUUUUUGUGUAACAUAAUUCCUUUCAAAUAAAAAAUAAUGAUUUGUAAUUUUUUUAA